CAUCUCAUUUUCACAGUGGUUGAUCAUCUAUAUUGAGCAUGUAGCUAACAUAUGAUCAAACAUGACUCAAUGUCAAGCAUCUGGAUUCAUCAUAUAGCCUACAUCACAUUGCGAUGGAUCAUGGUGUCAGUUUCUGUCAUUCAGCGAACUUGAACUCAUAGAGGAAGCAAGCAGCCCACUUCCCAUCGUCAUGGUAACAGCAUGUGAAUGUGUUGAGCCACACUGUAGAGACGGGCAGCGUUAAAACAGCAUCACAGGGCACGGCUCCGCAUCCAGAACCCAGCGAAGGUUGUGUCUUUUCGAGAACAUUAGCCGCAGCCGAUGGGAUUCAUGACACGUUAAAAUUCAAGAUGGAAAACACAGCCUUGGCUUUUUCUGCCCAGGGCUGGUGUGGCCCCAAUGUUUCCACCUUUUCAUCGGAGUGGGAUGAUAAAAUGAACUCCUUUCUCAAGGCACCCGACGUGAUCAAACCCCCUCCGCAGUUUCAGGAUCCAGAGGAGCCGGGUCCAGCAUCACCCACCAGCACCGCUGUUGUGAAAAGACGAGAAAAGGAUGGUGUGAAAAAAGAGCGUAGGAGUAGACCAGCGAGUAACAUCGAGCUCCACAGACGCUCCUUGUCACUUUCCACCGCUGUCAACUCCAACCCUGGUGUGGUCCGACGCCGAUGUGAAAGCUACGCUCUUUCCUAUCCCAGCAGCAGCUCGGAAGACAGCGGCAGUGACAGCACGUCGGCCAGGAGGAGUGAUCUUCUUCCAGAUGCAGUGCCAAGAUCCAGAUCCCGGAGCAUUAUCCUUAGGAAGGCUAAAAGCAAACCUGCUCCUCCUGUGCGAACAGUCUCACUGCAAAGGCUCGCAGCGGCAAAGCAUUCAGAACAUAAAGUGCAAGGCCUUAAAAAAGAUACCACAAAACUGCCAGAUCUCAUCCCAACCUCAAAGCAAGAACUCAGUAAGGGCACUCCUGAAGCACCUGGUAAGGUCGUAUUGAUGGCAACGGUUUCUUCCCACAAAGCACUUAAUGAGCUUCGAUCCAGCGAACCAACUCCCAUGCCAAUCCACGAAUGUGGUCAUUCUGAAAUGAACACAUCCCCGUCCUCUUCGCACUCUUCCACAUCUCAGCCGUCCAUCUGUUCUCCUUCGAAGCGCAUCGGCUCAAACUCUCCAUCCAGUGGCUACGCAAGCCAGUGUGAAACUCCAACCCAAUCAGCCCUUUCCCAAUCGGUCAGCAUGGGACCUUCGCCAUUAGCCUGCAGGAUGCGGCAUAAGCCGACCAGUGUUAUUCCUGGCCAAAGAGCAAGAAACCGCAACGCAAGGCUGUCUCUUCAGCUUCCAGAAUUUCAGAAGCACACUCCCGAUCCAGAGCCUUCCGCGGUGCAGCCGAAAGUGAGCCUAAGACGCAACUCGGACAGCACCGAAGCCACCAGGCCCAAGCAAAGGAUGAGUAGCAGCCUGCUGGUAAUGCCGAUGGUUACUCAAGAGGAGCUGAACAACGUGCAGCUACGCUCCGUCAGCAGUUCUGAUCUGGAGAACGCUCAGGAAAUCACGGCCAACAUUAUCGAGGAGGAGACGGAGAGAUGCGGAAAAUCCUUCAGCCCUAAGAGCAGCCAAAAACCCAAACCUCCCGUGGCUCCGAAGCCGCAGAGAAACAAGUGGCCACCCAACGCACAACGCUUUGGGCCAACUUCUGAAGCAGAACCGCCAACAGUCAGCGAGAGAUCAGAAGACAUCUACGCAAUGGUUAACAAAGUCAAACCUACAGUGAGCGUAAAGCCGCACAGCAUUGAACAAGCACCUCAUCUGAGGCAGCAGAUUGUUCCGGAUGCUCGUUCUCCACAGAUGAGAGACCCCCGUCAACCUCAACCCCCAUGCACUUUAGAGUCAAAGAAUGCAAAAGUUCCCCCAUUAAACACAGCCAGCCGCAUUAGCCAGCUUCACAAGAAGAGAAGAGCCCCUACACCGCCUCUGGCAAAGACUCCAGAUGUGGACGGCUCACUUUAUCCAAACCCAGCCGAUGCCCAGUCUCCAACUAAUCUCUGCAAGUCUCCAAAAUCUCCGACCUCCGCAAGUCAAUUUCAUGUAACUCUGUAUGGCGUGAUACCAUCGUACCCUUUGGUCACGGAGCCACAGCACUCGAGGGAACCAGAUCAUCCGUCAUACGAUGUAGAGAAGAGGGAUCGAAUGCCUGACCUCGGACCACUACAGUUAGUAGGAGAAGGAGACGAUGUAUUUCUUUACAAGUCCAAAUCCCAAACCACGGAGGACCUGUUCACCAUCAUUCACAGGUCUAAAAGAAAGCUCCUGGGUCGCAAAGACUCCUUCGACAAUAAGCAAGGAGACUCUGGGACUCAGACUCUCGGCAGCGGAGCUUCACGGAUCAGUUCUCAGAACGACAACUUCAUGGCUUUCCUGAGGAGGACACGAAGCGCCAAAGCCGGCUGCGGAGAGCGGAUCUCAGCCACGGAGCUGCUCAGAAGCUCCAAGCCCACGGCUAACAUUGCAGCAAACAUCAGCCAUUGCAAAAAUAGCUACGUACAGUCACACGGUCCAUAAAAUAUCAUCAGUUUUACUAAUCUGGCUAGUCAAACACUUCUGAAACAAUGGACCCUUUUCACAAGACUGUUAUGACGCUUUUUUAAAAAUGUGUGAACAUUUAUUUGUAUUUACGUAUGUAUUAUAUCAUCUUUGGAUCAAAUUACAAAAAACGAAUUAGCGCAGUGUGUAUGGGAGCGGGACAGUCCAUUUAACAUUAUUCUCUCUUCCGGCUGCCGUUAUCAGUCUCACACUAUUUUUUCCUUUUUUUUUGAAAGUCUUGAUAACACCAUCGUGGA